UGAUGGAGAGUUUAGACAGCCUGCUGUGUGGGGAGGGUUCAGAAAGUCUCAAGGCCCUGUGUCUCAAACUACUGCUGUGUUUAGUGACGGUAACAGACAACAUCAGUCAGAACACCAUCCUAGAGUAUGUAAUGAUCAACAGCAUCUUUGAGGCCAUUCUGCAGAUCCUAUCAGAUGUGUCCACUAGAGGACAACAUGGUUAUGAUGCUGUUGUCCUCCUGGCUCUGCUCGUCAACUACAGGAAGUACGAGUCUGUGAAUCCCUACAUUGUGAAGCUCUCCAUAGUGGAUGAUGAACCGACCCUAGAUGGAAUGGGUCUGGUGGUUGGCCAAGCCCUGACAGAAUAUAACAGACAGUACAAAGACAAAGAGGAGGAGAACCAUGGAGGCUUCUUCUCUACACUAACCAGUAUGGUGGGCAGUAUGUUCAUUGCAGAUGCAGAUGAGAAGCUCUCAGUACAGACCAAUGAGGCGAUUCUGCUGGCGCUGUACGAGGCCGUGCACCUCAACCGCAACUUCAUCACUGUUCUCGCUCAGAGUCACCCAGAGAUUGACAUCCCGACCACACCCAUCACCCCUGUUCUGACCACUCCCACGACACCACUCGGCACAACCCCACCCUCUAUGGACAUGAUGAACUCUUCAGAACUUCCCCUGGAUCCUAACCUCCAGACCAGUAACCUGCUCAUCACCUUCCUCAAGUACUCCUCCAUCGUCAUGCAGGACACCAAAGAUGAACACAGACUCAACAGUGCCAGACUCUGUCUCAUCAUCCUCACCUGUAUAACGGAGGACCAGUAUGCUGAUGCCUUUCUCCAUGACGACAACAUGAACUUCAGAGUCAAUCUACAUAGAAUGCCCAUGAGACACAGGAAAAAGGCAGCAGAGAAGAACGUCCCGUCCAGACCACUGGUGUGUGCUGUUCUAGAUCUGAUGGUUGAGUUCAUUGUAACUCAUAUGAUGAAGGACUUUCCUAUGGAUCUCUACAUGCGUUGUGUACAGGUUAUCCACAAGCUGAUCUGCUACCAGAAGAAAUGCAGAAUCAGGUUACACUAUACCUGGAGAGAACUGUGGUCCGCUCUGAUCAACCUGUUGAAAUUCCUGCUGUCCAAUGAGACCGUUCUGUUGGCCAAACACAACAUCUUUCACCUGGCUCUACUGGUGGUGAAUCUGUUCAACAUGUUUAUAACAUAUGGAGAUACGUUCCUGCCCACCUCCAACAGUUAUGAUGAACUUUACUAUGAGAUCGUCAGGAUGCACCAGAUCUUUGACAACCUCUACUGCAUGGUACUGAGAGUGUCCACCAACACAGGCCAGUGGAAGGAGCCAGCCAGUAAAGUCACACACUCACUGGUCAACGUCAGGGCCAUUAUCAACCAUUUCAACCCCAAGAUUGAGUCUUACGCUGCAGUGAACCACAUCUCCCAGCUGUCUGAGGACCAGGUAAACACGCCCCUUAUGAUGUCACAGGACACUCUAUUAUGAGUGUGACAUCAACUUACCUGGUAAAAUAAGGGAUAAAUAAAGCAAUGAUGUCGCAACAUGCCUACUUGGGAUGUCAUAAUGGCCCAGUGAAAGCUUUUGCAUUCUUUUUGACAUCACAAUGGCCAUCUGAUGACGUCACAAUGACAACAGUGUUUAAAUUCAGACUGUGGCUCUUUAUGACGUCACAAUGGAACACAUCCCUUGAAACAGUGUUAUUCGCAUUGCACCAGGAGAUGGGCUUUUAACCACACUCCAUCAGGCAGCAUUUAAUGAGAGGAGAGAAAACUGAAGGGCCAGGAAAGGGAGGAGAGGAAAGAAAGGGAGAAGGUUUUGGCGUAUAUAUGCUUUAUUUACCAGCUGAUAAGCACAGUGAUGGAUUCUGUCAUUACACAGAGAGAGAGAGAGAGAGAGAGAUGGGGAGAAAGAUUCUGUCAUUACACGCAGAGAGAGAGAGCGAGAGAGAUGGGGAGAAAGAUUCUGUCAUUACACACCCCAGUUACCUCUCAGCUGAUAUCUCCCAAAUGUAUUCCCAACAAGAAGAGAAUACGUUUAAGUCAAAUGACGUCAAUGUACACUUUGACCUUUAGAUGAGAUUUGAAUUUCCUCAUUAGAAGUGACUGUAAUGUAAAGUUGCAGGUGUGUUGAGUCCCAAAUGGCAGAAGUAGUGCAGUACAUAGGAAAUAGGGAGCCAUGUAGGACUCCAGCCAUAGGUUCCUUCUUCAUUAGAAGUGUGUGUAAAGUGUUCUCUCCAGACUGCCAGGUCAGGUUGUGUAGGUGUGGUGCUGCUGCAGCGUGUCGUGGGACUGACCCGUACACAGCCUUCUGACUGAGGGAAAGGGGCCGUGAGUUGGCUUGCGAGGGGACGGUUUGUUGGCGCAGGAGAGUACAGGUGUGUUCAUUAGCCUUUGCUAGCCUGUCUGAUUGAGCCAGGUGGUGCUGCAGUAGAGACAGCCUACAGAUGGUAACCUCUCGACCUCUCUACCUCACUCACUCACUCACUCACUCACUCACUCACUCACUCUCUCACUCACUCUCUGUCACACCACCUCCCCUCUUUCCCUCUCCUUAUGACUCCUCUUCCUUCCUCCCUUUCCUCCUCGCUCGCUUCUCGCUCUCUUCUCUCUCUCCUCUUCUUCCUCUCGCUUCCCUCUCCUCUUCUUCCUCUCUCUUUUCCCUCUUCUCC